AUGGUUGAACAUUCCGCGAGUGAUGAUGAAGGCGAGAUCGAUAAUAACCUACAAUGGUCUCCAUCUCGAUCGCAAUCAGCUCGUGAUGGUAACGAAGUUGAUUGGAGUGAUGAUGACAUGAUGGCGAUUGAUAACUUCCAGUGGUCUCCAGAGCAUUAUAACUCAGUUAGACCAGCUGGUGUUGAGACUGACGAGACAGUUGCUAGAUUCAUUGAAAUGGGAUUCUCUGAAGAAAUGAUUGCGCAAUUAAGGAAACCGAUGGUGAGGAAAUUUGGAGCAAAUGUGGAUCCUGCACAGAUUCUAGAGACUCUUGUGAAAAUUUCUGCGAGUUCGGAAGCCAACUCUUCGAAAUCUAAGCUCAUCGAUGAGCUCAUUUUGAUGGGUUUCUCUGAGGAGAUGGUGAUAAAGGUCAUAAAUGAAUAUGGAGAAGAAAACGUGGACGAGAUUACCAAUGUGCUGCUCAGUUAUGCAGAGGCAGAGAAACUCUGUAAAAGAGAAGAUGAAGACAUCAACAUCAUCAACUUGUCAGAUGGAGAGAAUGAGCUAAACUCCUCCAGUGAAGUCAGUACAUUGCAAGCUUUAAUCAAAAUUGGCUAUCCGAGAGAGGAGGCUUCUAUAGCUAUAGAGAGAUGUGGAGAAACGGCAAAUGUGGCAGAAGUUACUGACUUCAUCGCUGCUGCUCGUUUGGCUCGAGAGUACGAUGACUUUUUUGAAGAGCCAAUAAUACAACACAGUAAGAAGAGCCGAGUAGACAAUGAGCCGUCUAGAAGAGGGAGAAACCCAAGAAUGGCCAUGUCCAGUGAUCACCAGCUUAUCACGUUACCAAACCCGAUGAUUGGGUUUGGUUUACCAGACGGAACUGGACUGAUGACAGAGAGACCAGACCCAAUCCCAGCUGUUGCUUGUGGUCCUCCAUAUUUCUACUACGAGAACGUUGCUAUGGCGCCAAAAGGAGUUUGGACAACGAUCUCUAAGGAGUUAUAUAACAUCAAGCCAGAGUUCGUUGACUCCAAGUACUUCUGUGCAGCUAUGAGGAAGAGAGGAUAUGUUCAUAACCUUCCAAUAAGGAACCGUUUCCAAAUUCUGCCUCUGCAACAUCAGAAGAUUCAAGAUGUCCUUCCUUUGACAAGGAAAUGGUGGCCUAGCUGGGAUGAGAGGACCAAGUUGAACUGCCUGGUGACCUGCGGUGGCAGUGCUACAGACACAGAGAAAGUAAGGGCUGAGCUUGAGAAGUUUGAUGGGAAGCCACCUCCACAUGUGCAAAAAGCUCUCCUUGUCGAUUGCAAAAAGGGAAAUUUGGUGUGGGUCGGUAAAAACAGAGUCGCUCUUUUGGAGCCUGAGGAGAUAGAGAGGUUGCUUGGUUUCCCAAGAGACCAUACUCGGGGAGGUGGUGUGAACACAACCGAGAGGUUCAAGUCUUUGGGAAAUUCAUUUCAGGUUGAUACAGUUGCGUAUCAUUUGUCAGUCUUGAAGGUUCUGUUUCCGAAUGGAAUCAAUGUCCUUUCACUCUUCACGGGUAUCGGUGGUGGCGAAGUCGCGCUUCACAGACUCGGUAUUCCAAUGAAGGUUGUUGUAUCUGUGGAGAUUUCAAGGGUCAACCGAAACAUCCUUAGGAGUUUCUGGGAACAAACCAAUCAAGAGGGAACACUGAUAGAGAUUACUGACGUUACAGAGCUAAAAACGGAGGAGAUAGAAGACCUCAUGGAGAGAUUUGGUGGUUUCGAUUUGGUGAUAGGAGGAAGCCCUUGCAACAACCUUGCUGGAGGCAAUCGGGUUUCGCGGAAGGGACUUGAAGGAGAACAGUCUCAGUUGUUCUAUGACUAUUGCCGUAUCCUGAAGGAUGUUCGUAACAAAGAAGCGAGAAUGAGGAGAGGAGGACUUUAA